AUGUUUCCCCGGAUAUUAUGGUUGUUGUUCCUAUUCGAUAUCCAGACAUAUAUGGCACAGAAUUACAAUGGAAGAUAUAAGUCUCGUGCUUUAACAUCAAGUACAUCAGAGAAGGCUCCAAGCGCCAGUGAUCAAGAUGAAGACUGCAUUUUGGAAAUGGCAUUCCUCCUGGACAGCUCAGAGAGUGCUAAGGAAUACAACCACAACCAAGAAAAGAAGUUUGUAUUACAAAUGGUGGAAAAGCUGAAAGGAAUACAGCUGGAUUCCAAGCGUCCUUUUAGCUGGAGGAUGGCUUUACUGCAGUACAGCAGCACCGUGCUCAUAGAGCAGACAUUCAGAGACUGGAAAGGGCCAGAUAAUUUCAAAUCUCGCAUUGCUCCCAUUUCAUAUAUCGGUCAUGGUACAUUUACAUCGUAUGCCAUUACGAACGUAACCCAACUAUAUAUGAAUGAAGGUACGCACAAGAGUGUAAAGAUAGCCAUUCUUCUGACUGAUGGAGUGGACCACCCAAGAAACCCUGAUAUUUUUGCUGCUACAACUAAUGCCAAACAACAUGACAUUAAGCUUUUUACAGUCGGCAUGACAUCAGUAGCCCGGGAAACUGCUAAUGCUGCCAAACUCCGCUUGUUGGCCAGUGUGCCCUCCACCAGAUUUGUGUUUCACUUACAAGAAGCUGACAUGGUGGAUAAAAUUCUGAAAGAAGUGAAAGAGCUUGCUGAGGAAGGGUGCCGCCAGUCACCUACCUGCACUUGUGAAAAAGGAGAAAGGGGGCUUUCUGGAUCUCCUGGUAAAAAGGGCCGACCAGGUGAUGAUGGCAUUCCAGGUCAGAAAGGUGGCAAGGGAGAAUCUGGACUUAACGGAAUUCCUGGAAGAGAUGGACUAGAGGGAAAACCAGGAUAUAAAGGAGAGCCGGGUGAGAGAGGCGAGUGUGGAAUUCCUGGUAUCAAGGGUGAUCGGGGUCCUGAAGGUCCUACUGGUCCCAGAGGAUUAAGAGGCGUGCAGGGUGUUCAAGGCCCCCCAGGAGAUCAGGGACUUGAAGGACUCCAAGGAGCAAAGGGUGAGAGAGGACUCCAGGGACCACCUGGAUUUCAAGGAGAAACAGGGAUAGGACUGCCAGGUGCCAAGGGAGACAUUGGAGUACAAGGUAGACCAGGCCCAAGUGGUCCUCCAGGAAUUGGAGAGCCCGGACUACCGGGCCCUCAAGGACCUCAGGGGAUUUCCGGAGAGAGAGGAUCUAUAGGAGAGGGAUUGCCAGGACCAAAAGGUGAUCGUGGAUUUGAAGGACAAAGAGGACCUCGUGGGAUGCCAGGGCUCGGUAUUCAGGGUGAAAAGGGAGAAUAUGGACCUCCUGGUUUGCCAGGCCCAAUUGGUUUACCUGGAGUUGGGAUACAAGGAGAAAAGGGUGUUCAGGGUCCUGUGGGGCCAGCAGGAAUGAGAGGUCCACCAGGAGAAGGACUGAUGGGACCCAAGGGAGAUCAAGGUUUACCAGGAGAAUCCGGAGUACCCGGAGAGAGAGGAAUUGGAGAACCUGGUGCGAAGGGUGAGCCAGGAGCUUCUGGAUUGGCUGGUUUGCCUGGUUUACCAGGUGAAGACGGUGCACCAGGACAAAAGGGUGAGCCAGGUCUUCCAGGGCUCAGGGGCCCUGAUGGAUCUCCCGGUGUUGGCAUACAAGGUGAAAAGGGUGACCAAGGACAGCGUGGCAUUCGUGGGUUAACAGGACCGCCAGGACCUGCAGGACCAUCUGGACCAAAAGGUGAACCUGGAGCUGUAGGACGUAUUGGAUUGCCAGGCCCUCCUGGUCGAGCGAUUGUGGGUCCCAAGGGAGACAUUGGACUACCUGGCCCACAAGGGUUGAUUGGAGAACCAGGAGUUGGCAUUGCUGGUCCAAAGGGUGAUAGGGGAGGUCCAGGACCACCCGGUCCAUACGGACCGAAGGGUGAUGGAUUUGCAGGACCACCAGGAAUGCCAGGGCUUCCAGGAUCACCAGGUGAACCAGGUUCAGAAGGUUUUGGAUUACCAGGACCCAAGGGUGAUCCAGGUUUCAGAGGUCCUCUUGGUCUACCAGGUCCUCCAGGUGAAGGAUUUCCAGGACCAAAGGGAAAUGUAGGAAAAUCUGGUCUGCCUGGUCCUCAGGGUCCCCCAGGUGAAGGCAUUCAAGGACCAAAGGGAGAACAAGGAUUUCAAGGUAUGCCAGGACCUCGUGGACCCCCAGGAGAAGGACUUCUAGGACCUAAGGGUGACCGUGGUUCUGCUGGUGAAAGAGGAAGAAAAGGAGAUAAAGGUGACACUGGAGACCCUGGAACCCCAGGCGACACUGGCAAAACAGGCUCUAAAGGAGAAGCUGGAUUAACAAGAGAAGAUAUAAUUAAGAUGAUAAAGGAAAUUUGCGGUUGUGGUGUUAAAUGUAAGGAAAUACCUAUGGAGCUUGUAUUUGUGAUAGACAGCUCUGAGAGUGUCGGGCCAGAAAACUUUGAAAUCAUCAAAGACUUUGUGACUGCUCUUGUGGAUAGAGUGACUGUAAGCCGAAAUGCCACCCGCAUAGGACUUGUAAUCUACAGUUUAGAAGUGCGACUAGAGUUUGGCCUGAAUAGAUUCAUCACCCAGCAAGACGUGAAGCAAGCAAUUAGAAAGAUGAUGUAUAUGGGAGAGGGCACCUAUACCGGUACUGCCAUUCGCAAGGCCACCCAGGAAGGAUUUUUCGGUGCAAGGUCAGGAGUCAGGAAAGUAGCUAUCGUUCUCACAGAUGGUCAGACGGACAAGAGAGAAGCUGUGAAGCUAGACAUAGCUGUACGAGAAGCUCAGGCUGCCAAUAUCGAAAUGUAUGCCAUUGGCAUUGUAAAUGCUACGGAUCCAACUCAACAAGAAUUCAUAAGGGAACUAAAUCUUAUAGCUUCUGACCCAGAUGCUGAGCACAUGUAUCUCAUUGAUGACUUCAACACUCUUUCAGCUUUGGAGUCUAAACUGGUGAACCAGUUCUGCGAAGACGAAAAUGGUGCUCUCAUCUACAAUCGAGUUGGAAGCAAAAUCAACCCAAUGCCCAAGGUGACGGGUUCAUCCACAUCUAUCUACAAUGGAGCUGAAGUCAACAGAUUCAACACAGAAGAGACUUUUAGAUUAGAAGAAAAGCAUAAACUAGAAGAAAGAAUAAGAUUAGAAGAAGACAGAAUUCGACAGCAACAAGAACGAAUUCGAAAAGAAGAAGAGCGAAUUCGACAAGAAGAAGAAAGGCGAAAGGCGGCUGAAGAAAGACUCAGACAGACACAAGUCCCGAAAAAAGAAGUAGUUACUAUACCAAGUGUGGAUGCGGGAGAAGAAGACGACUAUGAUGAUGAAGAUGAAGAGAUAGAGCCUCUUCCAUCUAAAACUAGAGUGGUUUUGUCACCAGGUGGUUCAGCUGCUUCUUCUAAAGAGCAAACAUCAUCUUCAUCGACAAGGACGUCAUCUACCACCGUAAUAUUAUCUCCAUCAAGUUCAGCUGAGAGAAAUGUGCCAAUAGAACCACAAAUAGAGUAUAUCCAGGAUGCACGUUGCAAGCUGCCAUUAGAUCAGGGUCCCUGCAGGACAUACAUAAUAAAAUGGUAUUAUGACAAACAAGCUAAUUCCUGUGCCCAGUUCUGGUAUGGAGGCUGCAGUGGUAAUGGUAACCGCUUUGAUACAGAAGAAGAAUGUAAAAAGACCUGUGUUCUCUCCCUAGAUGGAGAGAAAUAA